GCCACGUCGGCGGCCAAAGGGAUUUUACUUGGGCAUUUCUUUGGUAGCAAGGCACUCCCGCGCUGCUUGGGGCGAUGCCGCGCGAGAUCAUCACGCUCCAGGUAGGGCAAUGUGGGAACCAGAUCGGCAUGGAGUUUUGGAAGCAGCUCUGCCUGGAGCACGGCAUCAACAGCGAUGGCAUCCUGGAGGAUUUCGCGACUCAGGGCGGCGACCGGAAGGAUGUGUUCUUCUACCAGGCCGAUGACGAGCACUACAUUCCCCGGGCGCUGCUUUUGGAUUUGGAGCCCCGGGUGAUCAACGGCAUCCAAAACAGUGAAUAUCGAAAUCUCUACAACCAUGAGAACAUCUUUGUGGCUGAUCAUGGAGGCGGUGCUGGGAAUAACUGGGCAAGUGGAUAUCACCAGGGUGAGCAAGUGGAGGAAGAUAUCAUGGAUAUGAUCGACCGAGAGGCUGACGGCAGUGACAGUCUCGAAGGAUUUGUUUUGUGUCACUCAAUCGCCGGAGGAACAGGAUCAGGAAUGGGAUCUUAUCUACUGGAAGCUCUGAAUGACCGAUACAGCAAGAAACUCGUGCAGACUUACAGUGUGUUUCCAAACCAAAUGGAGACAAGCGAUGUGGUUGUCCAGCCUUACAACUCACUGCUGACACUGAAGCGGUUGACGCUCAACGCCGAUUGUGUUGUUGUCCUGGACAACACUGCGUUGAACAGAAUUGCGGUGGAUCGUCUUCACAUUCCGAACCCGACUUUUGCACAGACGAAUUCCUUGGUGUCGACAGUGAUGUCUGCGAGCACGACCACGCUGCGAUAUCCCGGCUACAUGAACAACGACCUCGUUGGGCUGGUUGCCUCGUUGAUUCCUACGCCUCGGUGCCACUUUCUCAUGACCGGAUACACGCCUUUGACAGUCGAGCGUCAGGCAAACGCCAUCCGGAAAACCACGGUGCUUGAUGUCAUGAGAAGGCUGCUACAGGCAAAAAACAUCAUGGUUUCAUCUUAUGCCAGAACCAAAGAAGCAAGUCAAGCAAAAUACAUCUCGAUCCUUAAUAUCAUUCAAGGCGAAGUCGAUCCCACACAGGUGCACAAAAGUCUGCAGCGAAUUCGCGAGAGAAAGCUUGCCAAUUUCAUCGAAUGGGGACCAGCGAGUAUACAGGUUGCACUCUCGAGGAAGUCGCCUUACAUUCAAACCGCGCAUAGGGUGAGCGGGCUCAUGCUGGCAAGCCACACAAGCAUUCGCCAUCUGUUCAGCAAGUGUAUCAGCCAGUACGAAAAACUCAGGAAGAAGCAGGCUUUCUUGGACAAUUACCGCAAGUUUCCCAUGUUUGCCGACAAUGACUUAACCGAGUUCGAUGAGUCAAGAGAAAUCGUACAGAGCCUGGUGGACGAAUACAAAGCAUGCGAAUCCGCCGAUUACAUCAAGUGGGGCAUCGAGGAGCGCAACAAGUCCACUGGCUUGGACGGCCCCAUGACUGGAACUUUAGAGUCUAGAAUCGCCGCAAUCUGACCAGCGCAGCGGUCGUGUUUGUACACUCGCCACUUUCCUGUGCAGUUGAGUUUUGAUACGAUUUCCAGGUAUGAGUUUUCAAGUUCUUCCUUCUCUCGCAGACGAACGCGUCAAAGCAUCGCGUUUGUGUUAACUUAAAACGCGAGUGAGCGGCCAAUUGUCCUUUAAUCACACUGUGGAGGUAGCGUUUAUUCGUCGCUGUUC